GCUUAGUAGAGCUUUGCAAAUUGCCAACUUGCACAUGCCUCCCUUGCGCCGCUGCUGCUGGGCCGUGCUCUUGGUUGCUUGGCCUAGUCUCCCCUGGUGCCUCCACGUGCCGCUUGACUCCACACGGCGCCGGCUGUUGGCGAGCUUCCUGGGGCUGUCGACCCCCGUCUCCGUCGCAGCGAAUGCACGGCCGGACGCGACGGACUGGGCCGGGGCUUUCGCUGCGAAGAACGCAGCGAAUGCGGCUGAUGGCUGCAUCCGGUCCAUAGCCAAGAAGUAUGUGGAGAUGAUGCCAGACUCGGCGCCAAGCUUCUUGCGCUUGGCCUUCCAUGAUGCUGCAACCAAACGUGGGGAUGGACAAGGACCCAAUGGCUCCAUACGUUUUGAGCUGGAGCGGAAUGAAAAUCUGGGGCCAAGCUUGCAGCGGGCGCUGCGGGCCAUCGAGGAGAUGGUGAACAUGUGCCAUGUCUCAUGGGCGGAUGCGAUCGCGGUCAGUGGAGCUGCAGUGGUUGAAGCGAUGGGCGGCCCAGCCGUUGUCGUCUCCCUAGGCCGCCGCGAUGCGGCGCGGCCCGACGGCGAGGGACGUUUGCCGGAGGGCGGCUUGACGGCCGGCGCCUUGAGGGACUACUUCCUCCAGCUGGGGCUCGACGAUGAAGAGCUCGUCGCCUUGAUGGGCGCGCACACCGUGGGUCGGUGGACCUCCUUACUGGGCGUGCCGGACGAAUGCAUGGCCAAGGAGGGCUUGGCUUGGUGGAGGUGCACUCGGGAACAAGGGCAACGACUUCCCUUUACAUCCCAUCCCACCGUCUUCAACAACGAGUACUUCAAAGAUGUCUUAGAGUUCGAGAGGCGACAGCAGAUGCCACGACCAGCGAAGCGUUUCAAAGACCGAGUCGACAGCGAGAAGUUGCCACCAUUGUAUCUCUUGCCCUCGGACCUGGGACUCCUCUAUGACGAGGGCCUCCACCAAGUGGUGAAGACCUUUGCCACCGACCAAGCAGCCUUCUUCGCGGCCUUCGCGCGAGUGGCUGGGCCGAAUUGGGCUGACAGAAGGUCGACUGGCCCAGGUGCCUCCCAAAGUUCCAAGCUGGAGAUUCUAGUUUGA